AUGACCGGAGACAGUUACUUUGUUCAGAUCAAGUUCACCUGCGACGGAUCAUACUUGGUCGGGCUGUCCGAUGGCGUCGAUCCAAUCAUGUACUAUUUUGACUGGUUCCGGUCGAAGAUCCUAAACGAAACAAAGGCGACCAAUCCGCCGGAAAUCGUCGGUCCCGUUACCGACAUGGCUUUGAAUCCGGUCGACCCGCGAAUCGUGUGUUUCGUGGGCAAAGGUCUGUUCAGACUGAUGGUCUUGGGCGAUUUGACGUGGAAACAGUUUGGAUUUCAAAAAGCCGACAAGUUCGACAUAACCACGGCGUGCUGGGUGAACGGAAACAGAAUUUUGGCGGGUACGUCCGACUGUCGGUUGGUACUAGUAGACGAAGGUGAUCUAAAAGCAGUAUUCAUUGUACAAACGUUGCUAGACCUCGACCUUACGAUAAAGUUAAAGAAUCCUGCAGACGUGUUGCCUUUGCCCGUUAAAUACGAACAGAAAACGUGUAUCAAGUGCUGCGUGUCGUUCGAAGGAGGCUUACUAUUUGUGGUGGGCGACUUUGAAGUGUACUACUUCGAGUUAAUGGAUGGAAGGUAUAGGAAACGGACCACGUUCACUUUGGAAAAUCGUGCAGCUUCGGCGGAUGACGAAUCGAUGGAAGAUCAAUUAAACGUUAUCGAUAUGAUAUGCUUGAACGUAGAAAACGACACCUUGGCGUGCGUCACCGGACAGCCACAGCUUUACUGGGCGGAGCUCCAAGGCAACAGGGACAUAUCAGUGAAAUUCAAGCCUCUGGGAGCGACAUUACAUCACGGGCCUAUAUGCGGUCUGUCGCCGUGCAAGUGGAAGUCGUUCUUUUUGACGUGUGGUAUGGACCGUACCGUUAAGGUAUGGAACUAUUUGGAAACGAGAAUGGUGUUCAGCGAACAAUUCGACGAGGACGUGCUAAGCAUUUCGUGUCAUCCGACCGGUCUGUACUGUGUGACGGCUUUACGGAGCAAGGUUGUAUUUCAGUUGAUUCAUCCGGAUUGCCUGGUGACUUGGCGAGAGUUUCCUAUUGCGAAUUGCUCUAUAGUACGGUUUAGCGUGUCCGGCCACUUGUUCGCCAUUGUCAAUCAACUGGUGGUGGAAGUCUAUUGUUCGGUGACGUUUCAGCAACAAUUCACAUGUACCGGACAUACGGAUAAGAUAAACGGCAUGGAAUGGGCGUCGCACGACUGGAAGCUAUACACUUGUGGUCGGGACGGAGCGAUUUACCAUUUCAAUUUGUUCACGAAUGAAAUGGUCCUCAACAUCCUGCAGACUCAAGAAUUCAAAGAAUUGACCGUGUCUAAAGACAGUAAACAGAUAUUUCCGACCUCCGACGACGGUAGGAUCAGGGAGAUCUAUAACAAUACGGUGAUACGAAACAAAGCACUACCUGACCAUCUGCCUUCGGGGGCAAUCGCGUUGUCCCGUUCAGAUGCCAUGAUUUUCUACGCUACACCAAGCGGAGUAAUAUUGUCGUUGAUGUUGCCCAUCACGAAUGUAGUUAAGGUUAAAGAGUUUAGCGCGCAUAACAGAGCAGUGACAAAGUUGCGUUUGUCCAUCGACGACACAAUGUUGUUCUCAGUAUCUGAUGACGGUAGCGUUUGCAUAUGGGACGUGUCGGACGCCCGAGGAAUGAUGGCGCACAUGAGUGAUGAUUUUACGUACUCUGAAGAAUUGCUGUUGUCGUCGUUGAACAUAAAAGAAAACAUUGACUACAUAGAACAUCUCAAAAAUAGAGUGAAUGUGCUGAAGAGACAGAGAACCUAUGUCAUUUCUGAACUUGAAAAACACAAAGAGAAGCAGAUAGUGUCUAUAAAAGAAACUCACGCAAAGCGUUUAAAACAAUUAGAAACCGAGAAAGAAAAUAACACUAAUCGGUUCGAUUCUCAAAUAAAUACUGUGGAAGCAGAAAUUAAUAAGGUGAGAGAAGCAAAUAAUCUCGUACUGGAAAUGCUGGACAGUAAAUAUGGCGAAGCGCUUUUAGUGGAGUACGAAAAAUAUGCUGCUCUCGAAGAAAAACUAUUCAAAGUGAACGACGAGUUGACCGUAGAGCUAAACCAGUUGUUAGAAAAAGAAAUCGUAAGAAUGAAAGAGAUACAAGAGCAGUUCGCUCGCAACUUGGCAGAAAAAGAAAAAAUUGCCCAAGCUGUUAAAGAUGCACAUAAUAUAGAAAAGCAAGAAGUGUACUUGAAAAUUGACGAAAUCGAAGACGAUAACGACAGGAAUAAUUUGGAAAGAGACGUGAAGUCCAUAACUAAAAUGAAACAGUUAAAGAAGGUUAACGCGCGCCUUACUAAGGAAUUGGAUGUUUAUAGAGUGAAGGCUAAAGCAGCUAUUAAAAAAACAGAAGACUAUUCACGGUUGGUCGCCAAGUACAUUGACGAUAUUGAAAUAACGAAAGACAAACACAAAGCCGAGGAAAAACUUAUAGAGGUCCAGCAGGCUCAAUUGCAAGUCCAAAAAGAAACAAUAACUAGGAUUGACAAGGCGAUGUACGAAGGGAAAUUGAAAAUGGCCAGGUUAGAUAAUGAACUGAUGAUACUGAAGAUCAACAAAGAAGAAAGGCAAUUGACCAUCGAACCGCUGGAAAUCGAAAUGGGCGAGAGAAACAAAUCGUUUGAAGGCAUUGGUCGCGAAUUAGAAGACAGAUUGCGACUCAAGAAACGCACCGAGUUGAUCGUGAGGGAACAAAGGGAUAUGAUAAAACAUACUAGUAGGGAGUUGAAGAAAAAAAAGAUAACUAUCCAGCAGGUAACGGCGUUCCUCAGAAAUGCGAGAAUCGACAUCCAUUACGUGUACGAGCAUUCGGACAACCAAGCAAAGCUGAAAGAAACCGUUAAGAAAAUGUUCCACAAGUAUGAUACCGGCAGAGUAGGCGAAGGGGCGAAUACAAAGGAAGGUGCUUUCACGGAAAUGUUCAGGCAAAGGGAGUUUUUAGAACGUUCCUUGGCUAGUCUCAGGAACAGGAUGGCCGUGUGUGAUCGCAAAGUGAAUUCCGGUCACAGGGUCGUAGAGGAUAACAUCAAGCUGUUGGAGACGGUCAACAAGCUCAGAAGAGACCUGGUCGUGAACCGUUCCAAAUACCUCACUCUGCAGCGCGUCAUCGGCGCUGAAAAUAUCCAGUUAAUGACACCCACGCAGGCCAAAGAGAAGUUGGAAGAGGCCAACAACAAUGUAGCCGUAACCCGGGUAGACUACAAAGGACAAAUAAGGACUUUGAAAAUAAAACUAAUGCAACUACAAGCGGAAAUGACCAGAAUAAAAAUGACGAACAAUUUCUAG